GAGACAACUUCUUUCCCCGCCACAGUUAAGACAGUUGAGACCAGUGCAAUAUUUAACAAAAUGUGGGGGGGGGUGGAGUCCUGUCCUGAAUCCACUCCAUUGCUUGAGGGCAGCCAUCAUAGUGUUCACUAUUGUGUGCGGCUGAGGGAAGAAGAAAAAGAGAGGAGGGCGCACAAGGGAGAGGGGUAGGGUGGCGGCGGGGGGGGGAAAGAAAACCUGUCCCUUUGUGUGGGAAAGACUCAGUAGGAAAGUGAUUUUGUGACUAUUUGAGUUUGCCGGCAAAACAAGGAUCUUCCCACCCCCCAUGACCCGUGCGCGCAUUUUUAUUUAUUAUUUAUAUUUUUUGGCAACUCAACGAAAACCAGAAUUGCCUACGAGUUGGAUUCUCCGGCCGGCAAACAGCGACACCCCGGCUACUCCUGAUGAUGAGAGCAGACGUCAGACCGGUCUGCAUGAAUAUUGAUGUGGAGGAGAGUCUGUUUCAUAGAAGAACAGAAGGAGGCAAGAUGGCUGCCCUUUAGGAUUUGUUACAGGGGGAGAUCCAGACGGUUCGUUGGAAUUUAUACAAAGUGGAGGGACGGGAACCAAGGACGCAGAGAGGGCAGCCUGUGAAUGGACUCUGAGCAGGCCAGAUGGAAACUGACCAGACCAAACAUGAGACGGAAGAAAGUUUGACAUUCAAGAAACUUGCCACGUCCCGUCACAUCUCGAACAAACUCCAGAAUGGAGGAACCUUUUCAGAUGGAGAUCCUCUUCAAAUUACAAGUGACAGAAACUGGAACAAUUACAAGGCUAGCGCUGAGGCCGGCUCUAUGAAAAGGCAAAAUGAAACCUGCAAUGACCCUGGAUCACUUCAGGGGCUAUUGGAUCAGGGGUCCUUUACAAUGAAUGGAGAGUUGAUGAAUGGGGAUUUCAAGCAUGUACUCGCCGAACAGUCGUUCCUGGCCAGCCAGCCAAAGAAAUUUAAAGUGGAUUCAGAGAUUUCUGAAUUGACAAAAAAUAUAGAAUUUGAAUGCAAUGCUCAGGCGGAGAUAAAAUUAGGAAAGAGUCAUUGUACAAUUCCUAAUGGAGAUCAUUUUGCUCUGCAUAGAAACAAACAACUUUCAAUCAAUGGCGCUGUACUCGGCACCUCGACUAUAGAAAGUACACCAGGUGAUCUUUUAGAGAGAACUUUGUCUCAAUAUUAUCCUGAGCAAGUAUCCAUUGCCCCACAGAGGUCUGGGACACAAGAUGCUCUGAAUGGUUCUCUAACUACGAAAUUGCCGGGCGAGGAUUGUAUGCCUUCCACUUUGACUUCAGAUUUCCCCGGUUCCGCUCAGAUACUCAAAUUGCAACAACGACAGCCUGAGACUUCAGGUAUCACUGAGGGAGUCAACAAUUUUGACUCUGUCGACUAUAUCGUGAAUGGAUACUCCAACAAUCAUGACACAGAUUACCAGCAGAAAAAACAACAGCACCAACAGCAGCCGCCAUCUUGCGCUGGCCGCGAAAGAUCUCUUGAUCAGCUCCAAUCAUCAAAUAUCGCUAACGCCUUGCAACAACCUAAAAAUGGCCCACGGUGCUAUCCCAAUUCUCAACCAACGUAUGAGAAUGCCAAUCAGGAUUUUGAUCGCGACAAUUUUAAGGAGCUCAAUACUGUACAGACGACGAAUGCUGUGUUGCUGAAAUAUGGAUCGUCGCCCAACUCUGGUAUACAGAGCAUUGUGCAACGCGGGAGACCCGGGUCUGGUCAUGCUCAGCAGUUUGAGAUUCAGCCCAAUAAUUUCCAACAGAAUGUUGGAAACAUACACGGGGCUGACGGCAUGGGAACUAAGGGACCUGAUUCCCAGCAGAGAAUUCAGGCAGCUGGAUUAGAAAACAGUCUGGAUACAACCACACAGCAGAAGGACAACUCGUGUUCAAGUCUCCAUCAGGGGAACUGGAUGGAACCGAACCCUUCAAAGCAACAGACGAGGGGUAUGUCAUCCCAUGCGGGGGAGGAGAAGAGGGGCUUCUCCGCCACGGCUGUGUCAGACCCAUCGAGACGUAGCCUCCAGGUUCAUGGUCAGAUUUUAGAGGCAAGGUCUGGACAAAGGUUUGAGUCACACGGAAUGUUUAAGGAAAACAUUCGGGGGUCUAACAGCGUACAGGAACAACAAAUUAGUCUCUUAACCCAACCGCACUGCGCUUCAGCCCCGAGCAGCAAUGACUCGGAGUGGCAGCAAUGCAAUUUGAACGCAAAUUCAAUGCAGAAGCCUCCAAACCAGACAAAGCACGAUCAACAGGUUGGGGGAUAUUAUCACGCCCCCAUGCAGUCAAAGCACUUACAUGACAACCCUGAACUACAGGACACAUUGUCGCCUGAAUUUUUCACCACGCAGCAACCGCAGCACUGUAAUCUUCCGCGUCCACUGUCCCACCCGCCGCAAUUUGAAGAACAACAACUCAAGUCUCCCAUUUUCAGGCCACACAGUCAGCCUCAGCCAAGUCAAGUUCAACUUAACCAGCAACACAAAAACAGCUCUGCACACCCCGGCAGCCACUGCCACUACAAAAACACAGCAGGUCUUCAAGGACAAUGUCAAAGAUCAUUUUCUCCCAACUCAGGCAGCGGUGACUCCAGGCACUUUCAACCGCAGCGACCCAAUAACUGCCACCCACCUAACAUUAAGGACCUCCCUCAUAAUUCGACACAGUCACAAUCUUAUUUGCCACAAGGUGCAAUAAACCAACAGAUAUCGAUGCAGUCGUACCCCAAGACCGAACACCAGUUGAAGGCGUGUUCUCAGGUCCAAAGGGGAUCUCACCCGGGAUCGCCAAUUACAGACUUCCAGAAGCAUGAAGCUCUACGUAUGCAUCUCUUACAAAGGCAGGAGAGACUGGGUCCUCCCCAUUCUGCGCAAAACACCAGGGAUAGCAAAAUCGACCUCGCAAAUAUAAAAAUUGAAAACGGACCCAGAUUCAAUUUGCCCAGCUCACAGCAGCAACUGGAUGGAUUGCAAAUCAAGCAGGAGCCUCAACAGUCUGUGUGUGAGAAUACUCGGCAGAACAACAUCCUGGCCUCCAUGGAGCAAAGUCUAAAACAGUACCAACUGUCCCCUGUGUUUGAGAAGAAAUCAUUUGUUAUGAAUUCAAAUAGAGUCAAAGUGGAAUCCUCUGGGCCUGUCACAAUCCUGUCAACCAAAACCGACAUGUGUAAAAUGGAAGCAUCCGGAGCGCCUAUGUGCAUGACGGCUUUAAAAAGAACACCUGACUCCACGCCCAAGAAAGAGCAACUCCUACAGAGAUUCAUGGAUUCGCCAAUGAAGCUAUUGGACACCCCGAUAAAAAGUCUACUCGACACACCUAUCAAAACACAAUAUGACAUAGCAUCCUGCCACUGCGUUGAACAAAUCAGUGAGAAGGAUGAGGGCCCAUACUACACUCAUCUGGGAUCAGCGCCUACUGUUGCUGGUGUACGGGAGGAGAUGGAGAGAAGGUCUGGUUUAAAUGGUCAAGCCAUCAGGAUAGAGAAAGUGGUAUAUACAGGCAAGGAAGGAAAAAGCACACAGGGGUGCCCGAUUGCAAAAUGGGUGAUCCGUCGAGCCAGUGUAGAAGAAAAGCUACUGGUGCUGGUUCGAGAACGCACUGGACACAAAUGUGAGACAGCCUGUAUAAUCGUGGCAAUCCUGGUCUGGGAAGGCAUCCAACCCAGCCUAGCUGACAAACUCUACCUCGAGCUAAGUGAAACUCUGACAAAGCAUGGAGCCCUCACCCAAAGACGAUGUGCUCUCAAUGAAGAGAGGACCUGUGCAUGUCAGGGAUUAAAUCCAGAUGCAUGUGGAGCAUCAUUCUCCUUCGGAUGCUCAUGGAGCAUGUAUUACAAUGGCUGCAAAUUUGCCAGAAGUAAAAUUCCAAGAAAGUUUAAACUACAAGGAGAUGAUGUCAGAGAGGAAGAGAGACUGGAGCAAAACUUUCAAGGUCUGGCCACCUUACUGGGCCCCUUGUAUAAAAAUAUGGCACCGGAAGCUUAUGGAAACCAGGUGGAACAUGAACACAGAGCACCUGAUUGUCGCCUGGGUUUUAAAGAAGGGCGUCCCUUCUCUGGGGUUACUGCUUGUCUAGACUUCUGUGCUCAUGCUCAUAGAGACCUCCACAACAUGCAAGGGGGCAGCACUGUGGUAUGUACGUUAACAAGGGAAGACAACAGAGAGAUUGGAAAGAUACCAGAGGAUGAGCAGCUUCACGUCCUACCACUGUAUAAAGUUGCCAACACGGAUGAAUAUGGCAGCGAGGAGGGUCAGCAGGAAAAAAUCAAAUCGGGUGCCAUUCAAGCCCUCAGUGCCUUCCGCCGCCAGGUGCGCAUGCUUGCCGAGCCCGCAAAGUCAUGUCGCCAGAAGAAGCUGGAUGCCAAGAAAGCAGCGGCGAUCAAGAACACCGUGAUAGACAACUCUCAUGAUAAGGCAGAGAAAGUGACCCCGUCAAAGUCAAAAACCGGGACCUGUGAAAAUAUCGCUCUGGGCACACUUGUGCAAGGUGCUAUGGGAGCCUCUCAACAUCCAGAUCAAGCGAGCGAACCCUUCGGAGGCCAUUCUCUGCAACCGCAGCAUCAACAGCACGAAAACAUCCUUACCUCUUAUCCCGGUGCACCAAAUGCCGCCAAAUAUCCCAGGUUCCCUGGCCACCCAGGAUCUUUUCCAAGCACUUCAAAGCCAGGCGGCAUAUUUCAUCAUCAAGCCUCGACACCAGCAAACCCGUAUCCUUCCCCAGUCCAUGCGCCCAACUCAUUCAUGGAUGGAUCUAAACAUGCAUACCCUGUUUAUCAGUGUAAUGGAGGCAUGCCUCUUGAUAACUACCAUCCAUACUAUGCUUCCAACCAAAAGCAACUGGACAUGUAUCAACAACAACGGCAAGUGUUGUACGCGGAGCAGCAGUACGCAGCCCAUCAGCGUUACGAGCUCAAUUACCCGCAAAAUUAUGCCGAUCAUGGUUUACAAGUCAAUGGCUACAAUGCAUACAGCAUGAGGCCAGUCCACCCAAUGAGAGCUUUCAGUCCCUGUAGUCCUAACGGAGUGGCCGACCCCCAUUUAAUGGACGCCCUUUCAAGAACGCCCACUGCCCACAGAGUUCGAGAGUAUCCAGCUGCCGGGAGUCAUGGCAAUCAGUUUGGAAGAGCCCCGAAUCCAUACUUUGGGAGUCCUCAAAUGUUCCCUCCGAGCCAACAACCAUUCCAUAUGCAAAUUAAGCAAGAAAUGGGUAUUGCUAGCCCAAAGAUGCUUGGCGGUCAGUUCAGCGGUGAGUGUUUAAACCCAGAGACACAGAUAGGAUUGGGUCUGCUCAACGGUAAUCCCAUGCUGACGGGUAUUAAGCAGGAGCCUGGAGCCCUACAGCGACCCCCGACCCCUCCAAAGCCAGAAAUUUGGUCAGACAAUGAGCACAACUUCUUGGACCCCGAAAUCGGUGGAGUGGCAGUGGCACCCAGCCACGGCUCGGUCCUUAUUGAAUGCGCUAAACGGGAGCUCCACGCCACAACACCUCUUAAAAAUCCGGAUCGCCAUCACCCAACACGUAUAUCCUUGGUCUUCUACCAGCACAAAAAUUUGAAUGAGGCUAAGCACGGUCUGGCCAUGUGGGAAGCAAAGAUGGCAGAAAAGGCUCGAGAAAAGGAGGAAGAUGCUGACAGGAAUGGUGGUGAGGGGACGCCAGGCAAGGGCAACAAGAAGGGGACGAAACGUGAGCAUCCGGAGCCAUCAGAAUCUCUUGGGGAGCCUCCUUAUAAGCGUUUUAUAAAGGCACUCAUUGAGGGGUCCUCAUCGUGCACAACCAACACCUAUGUCAGUACAUCUCCAUAUGCCUUCACUAAGGUCACAGGACCUUAUAGUCACUUUGCUUAAAAUAUCCUCAAGAAAAAAAAUAUAAUAAUAAUGAAGGUGCUUUAUUUAUGCUAUGACCAACUGCAGCACUGGCCUGAUACAAACACUCCCAAUCCAACGUGUUCAGGUGUUUUACACUUUUAACAACUGAGGUUUUUUUGUUGACCCUGCUAUGGAUGUAUUUAUUUUUGUUUUGCAACUUUUGCGAGAUUCACACUGUUAAAACAUCUGGUGCUCUCAAUUGUACACACAGACCUUUUUGUUUGGUUGGUUUUUUUGUUUUGUUUUGUUUUUUUUUUUACUGGAAACAAAACGUCAUCUUUGGUGGCUUUAUUUUACAUUUUGAAAUACUUCAACAUGGCAUAGAAUGCCGAAUUAGAAAAUUCAAGGUGCUAAUUAUGUCGUCUUUGAAAUGUCAAUAAUUGAUACUGCAGACGAAAUAAUGAUAUAAUGGGAAAGAUUGGAUUUCAUUCACAUCAUAGAGUUGAUGUUUCAGUGUAUCUUGAGCACUUCUUGAUUCUAAAACAAAAAAGGAAAAUAUGUUGAUAAACAAUGAAUCCAAAAGUAAGCUCUACACGUUCCCAAAGUAAAACCACACAAUAUGAUUUUUUUUAACCCCCACACCCCCCCAAAAAAAGAACACUAUUGCGCUGGUGCUUCUUACACAACUUCGAUUCUAUACAUUGAGCCAUUCAAAUGGUGCUACUUUAUCAUGUUAAAGAGGAGGGGAAAAAAAGCUUUUUAUUAUCCAAGGUUUUCCAGUUUAACUGUCAGCAAAAAUGUUCCUUUGGGAGAGUUCACUGAACCAGCCUGAAUGGUGAAAAAUUAAAUGUAAUUUUAUGUCUGUGGUGCUUAAUUGAUGUGCUUUUUAUACACUGAGGAGCAUGGGACAGGGUCAGCUUGGGUGUCACUUUCAAAGGGCAGCUGGCUUGCUGUGGCUUCGUUCUUGGAUUAUUGUAAUCUAACUGUAAAAUAAACAGGUGAGAUGUGUACAGUAACUUAAAUUCCCUUUUUGGAAUUACCGGUAUAAGUUGUGUGUCUGUUAUAAAGAAUGCGCGAAGCCGAAUUCGUUGUUUCUCUUUGUGUUCGAAUGAAUCUUUGUUUCCUAGGGUGCUAUUGAACCUGUUAAAAAAAAUUAUACAAUGUGAGACUCUUUAGGCAGUGAGAAGAAGGCUGUUAAAUAAUGUACAGUACCAACCAGUCAUAUACCUCAAAACCAGUUUGGCAAUAGGAAAAAAAAAUCUAUAUAUAUUUCUUUGGGGGGGGGUUUUGUUUGUUUGGGGUUUUUGGGGGGUUACAGUUAAACUGCAUGCCACCUAAAAGGUGGAAAAAGUUCAUUUUUUACUGUCUUACCUACCUGCUAGAACAUUUGAAUUACUAAUGUUACUGUAAAAUCAGGGACAUUUAAAAAAGAAACUGUACAUUAUUGCCUGCAUUUGUUUUUGUCUUUUUCCUCAUUCAGGGACGUGCCAUUGAAUUUUGUGUCCCGGUUCAACUUUUCUAAAAUACGUCACACGGAUUUUUCGAGGAAAAAAAGGUUCCUGGAUGUUUUUUUAUUUUAUUUUAUUUUUUAAGUUUUAGCUAGUAGGAUGGUGAUUAUUUUUUUCCUCAAAUGAACACAACGUAUAUGCACUGAUGUGACGAAAGGGAAAGUAUGAUAUCUAAUAAAUUACGGGCAAUUCAUUUGCUUUUGCUACAGGGCAGCGAGUAUCAUCUUUUUGCCUGUGUAUAGUUCAAUUUAUUUAUAACCACUAAGCAAUUGUAUGAUUUUCCUCUUUAUUUUUUAAUUCAUGUGAUAUAUAAUGGAAUGACUGUAACGUUAUAGUAACAAUUUUAACCCAAUCUUAUAACAAAUUCGUUUUCUGAAAGCACUUCGAAAAGAUUUUCAGGAAAAAAACAAUUAUGUAUAUGUAAUAAAGUACAACGUGUUUUAUUUAAAACAGGGUGUAAAUGAGUGUGUCACAUUGUACAGUGAGAAUCCAAAAUUACAUUUUCAACUCUUGAACUCGACAAAGGUUCUCAACAUGGCAAACUGACCCAACAAAUGAUCAAAACUCAAAAGAAAACAUUUUCCAGGAAAGUCUGUCAAGAAUACACUCUUGUCAACACAAUGUUUACUGUUAGCCCGACAAACAUUGGAAUUUAUAUUUUGGAUGUUGUAAAAUUCACAGCGAUGUAUGUGUUCAUUGUACAGAGCCCAGCGACAGUAGCAGGUUGUGGUGAGAAGAUUAAAGAGAUUUCGCAAGUGGGGAAAAAAAAGAGAAAAAAUGAAUAAAAGAAAAA